AUGGCGUUCAGUGUGUUGAUUGUGGGCGGCAGCGUUGCCGGUUUGGCGCUGGCCAACAUGCUCGAGAAACAUGGCAUUGAAUAUACAUUAAUUGAGAAACAUGAUAUUAUUGCGCCCCAACUAGGGGCAAGCUUCACCAUGCUACCACAGGCUGCCCGUAUUGUCGAUCAAUUAGGCUGUUUCGAAAAAGUCAGGGCACUGGGUACGCCAGCCAACGAUGGAGGGCUAUUUGGACCAAAGGGAAGUGUUUUGAGUGUUGAUCCAAAUGCUGGAGAUGAUUUGGAAGCGUUGUCAGUGCUAAGACUUGGAUACAAAAUGUGGGCCUUAGAGCGACGGCAGCUCGUUGAUAUUCUCUACCAGAACUUGGCCGAUAAAUCCAAGGUCUACACAUCUUGCGAUGCAGUAAAAGUGGAAUACCUGGAACAUGGCGCAAGGGUUGAGACACAAAAUAAACGCGUCUUCACUGGAAGUAUUGUGGUGGGAGCGGAUGGUGUCCACAGCCGGAUUCGACAGGAGAUGUGGAGGAUUAUCGAUGAAGAAACUGAUGACAUUCAAAUAAAAAAAGAUCGAGGAGCAAUCAGGAGUACCUAUAGUUGUAUAUUUGGUAUCUCUGAGGGUCUUCAGCAGUCGGACAUCACGACUACUUCCAGAUCUUGCUACCAAAAUCGGAACUAUUUGUAUCAGCGAAGUAUUCAAGGAAAGAUAUAUUGGUUUGCAUUUUUCAAAAACGCGAAGCAGAGCCAUGGUAUUCCGCGAUACACAGAUGAUGACAAGGAAAAGGCCAUUGCCCGAUUUGAAGACGACGUGCUACAGCCCGGUAUAACGUUGAGAGAUCUCUAUCAACAUAGAACACAUGCAGUGCUGGUUCCACUAGAAGAGUAUGUGAUGGGUAAGUGCUAUCAUAGAAGGACCAUUCUAAUCGGUGAUUCCAUGCACAAGGUCCACCCGUUGAGCGGACAAGGCGGUGCCUCUGCUCUCGAAUCUGCCGCAUACCUUGCAAACCAGUUGAAGGAAUUGACAGAUAAUAAUAAAGUUCCCACGGGCGAACAGAUUCAAGCUGCAUUCGCCGAUUUCGAGCAGGAUCGAGGCUCUAGGACCAAAAGUCUAAUGAAUGACGGCCACACUCUAGCGCGUUUAGAAUCUCUAGACAAUGCGUUGUUGAAAUUUUUCAUGCUUCAUCUCAUCAGUAGGAUUUCCAAGAGCUACCUCCACUCUAUGCUUGCAGAAGCGUGCACGCCCGGAGUCCCUUUGAAGUACUUGCCAUCGGCACCCAAGCGAGGCAUAGUUCCUUACGAAGACGAAGUUGACAUUCGGCCUCAAAAGCGAGAGGUGCAUUUGACUGUUAUCUGGACUUCAAUAUUUACACUGCUUGGACUAGUUCAAUUUGCUCUAUUAUGGAAUGCCCCGGCUGUUAACAGGGUGUUGGUCAGCCAAGCCAGUUCAGACGAAAAUCGGUUAUGGAAUACAGCGCAUCUGAGGGAGAGUGUUUCACCUUUCCAAAUGUACACUGCUCUCUCCGUCAUAGCAAUUAACACAUUCUGGUGUCUUGAAUCAUACCGCAGCCAAUUUUCGAUGGGACCACUUUGCAGGUAA